AUGGCGCAGGCCAAGAGCCGCACUAACGCCGAGCGCAUGGAGGCGUUGGGGCGCCUCCUGCAGGAGGAGUCCGUGGAGGACUGGCGGAGCCUGCAGCUUGGCGCUCCGCGUGCAGCCAUGCCUGCCUCUGACAGCGUCUCAUCCAGGGACCCCAGGAACCUCAGGGACCCCAGCAACGGCACGACAGCUUGUGACUUCCGCGGUGCCGAUUUCGGUUGCUUGUUUUGCAGGAUGUGGGUCAGCCAGUCUGACGGAUGGACGCUGCGAAGCCUUGCAAGGCUUGGCCCGACCGACCUUCAGGCCGCGAGUGAAAAGGAGGAGGAGCACCCGUGCGUUGGUGUUGCCAAAGAAGCCAGUCAAUCUUGUGUUUGCUCUGGAAACUUGGCUCGAGGGUACUCAUCAACACUGACACAACAACAGCUCGCAAUGGUUGCCCGAUGGGUCUAG